GCUUCCUUCUUCCCCUUUGACAACCCGCCAUUUUGAAACGUUGUUGAUUUUUAUUAUUUUUUUCCUGUGGAAGCGUGAGCAACAGCGCUACAGCCUCACGUCUGGUCCCGCCCCCCCUCCUUAAGUCUCUACCAGCCGCUGGUCUUGUUACCUGAGGGGUGGUGGGUUCCCCCACCUUCUGUCCGCCAUCGUUUCUGCUGCUACCGCCACUUUCUCAGAAGAGCCCCGAGGUGUCCGUCUCGCGACGAGAAGAACCAACCAUGUCAUCUGUAACUGAAAAAGAUGGUUCACUGUCUGCUGAACAAAGAGAAGAAAGAGAACCAGAAGCUGAGGACAAAGUUGAAGAUAGUGAGGAGGAGGACGAGGAGGACGAGGAAAAAGAAAAGAGUCUCAUUGUUGAAGGAAAAAGAGAAAAGAAAAAAGUAGAAAGAUUGACCAUGCAAGUUUCUUCAUUACAGAAAGAACCUUUUACAAUUACACCAGGAAAGGGACAAAAACUUUGUGAAAUUGAAAGAAUACAGUACUUUUUAAGCAAGAAGAAAACAGAUGAACUUCGAAAUCUACACAAACUUCUAUACAACAGACCAGGCACAGUUGCUUCAUUAAAGAAGAAUGUGGGCCAGUUCAGUGGCUUUCCAUUUGAAAAAGGAAGUGACCAAUAUAAGAAAAAGGAAGAGAUGUUGAAAAAGUACAGAAAUGCAAUGCUGAAAAGUAUAUGUGAAGUUCUUGAUUUGGAAAGAUCAGGAGUUAAUAGUGAACUGGUAGCCAGAAUCCUAAACUUCUUAAUGCAUCCAAAACCUUCAGGCAAGCCAUUGCCAAAAUCCAAGAAAACACCUAACAAAAGUGGGAAAAAGGAACGCAGUAGCUCUGGAACAGCACGGAAAGGCAAGCGCACUAAAUGUCCUGAGAUCCUGUCAGAUGAAUCCAGUAGUGAGGAAGAUGAAAAGAAAGAGAAAGAAGAAUCAUCUGAAGAAGAUAAAGAAAGUGAAGAGGAGCCACCAAAAAAGUCAUCCAAAAAAGAAAAACCCAAGCAAAAGACAGCUGUGAAAAGCAAAAAGGGCACAAAGAAUGCUUAUGUCAAGAAAGCAGAUAGCAGCACAACCAAGAAGAACCAGAACAAUUCCAAAAAAGAAAGUGAGUCAGAGGAUAGUUCGGAUGAUGAGCCUUUAAUUAAAAAGCUGAAAAAGCCACCUACAGAUGAAGAGCUGAAAGAAACAGUGAAGAAGCUCCUGGCUAAUGCAAACCUAGAGGAAGUUACAAUGAAACAAAUUUGUAAAGAGGUGUAUGAAAGCUAUCCCAGUUAUGACUUGUCUGACAGAAAAGUCUUCAUCAAAAAGACUGUGAAAGAGGUAAAUACUUGAUAUGUGAAAUAUCAUGUGAUGAUCUAAAUAUUAAAAGCUGCUCUUUAAAUUUGGAAAUGUUGGGUAUCUAGGAAGAUCUCAGUUCCCGAAAUUCCACCCAAACUUUACUCACUUAUUGUGCUUAGUUUCAACUCAGUAAAUUUAAAGUAACUUUAAGAUGGUCCCCCUUAUCUAACGUUUCACAGUGUACCCUUAAAGGCCUGUAGUCCCUCCUUAACCAUAUUUACUUGGAAGUAAGUCCCAUCAAUUCCCCUGGAACUUCCUUCCAAGCAAGGAAUGGCAGCCCUAGCAAUGUGUUUGUGGGAAGCGGGAUUUACAAAGUAGGUUAAAGAUUAAAAGUACACAAACUCUUCUCUUUUUAGCUCAUUUCAUGAUCUAAUGGGAAGAAAACGAAUGCUGCAGACUUGUUCCCGUGGAUUUAAAUAUUUUACAAACACCAGCAAAACCUUUUUUUAAUUUUUGUUUUGUUUUGCCCUUUUGGGUGGGCAUAACAUAGUAUUUAGUCAGGGAUGAUUCUACUGGCUUAAUGUUCUGAGUGUUAAUGGAAAUUACUUUAACUUUUUAAAAUUGCAUUUAAUGCAGUUCUUAGGUUUUUGCAUGGCCAUCAAUGUUCCCUGCUUUUACUUUGUACAUCAUGGAAUUUCUUUGUACAAGCAGAUUUAAUAGUUAUUGUAGGUUUUAUUGCAUUGUAAUGUAAUUUUUUUAAAAAAUCAGUUGAUACGAAAACUUGUAUCUGUACGUACACAUGCUAAGACUGUCAAAUACUGCAGUAUUGGGCAUUACUUUUAAUUUGAAUACAUACCAUUCUCUCAGGAAGAAGUCACAUGUCCUGAUCAUGAAUGCUCUAAAUUAUGUUAUACCAUCUUGCAUGUGUAAGAUAUCUGAGAAUUGUGAAGAGCAUCAUAACUUGCAAAUUGUUAUUUUUGUACUUUUAAAAGCGUUCUGUUUGUAUAUAUAUGCUUAAAAACAGGUUUUUGGUUUUUUUUAAAAAAAAUCAGUGUGUUUUAGAAGAUUUAUCACCAGUGUCAGUGUUCAGGAAUGAGGCUGAAAUUAAUUAGGAAACAAGUUUAAUUAGCAUUUUAAAAGAUAAGUGUUUCUUGCCUUAUAAGGGAAUAAUUGCACUCAUAUUUUUCAGUGUUUAACUUGCUAGAGUGGACUACAGCUAAUUUUGUUCCAAAGUCUUGACAUGAUACCCUACACCAAAGGGUGACAAACCUCUACCCUGUGUGUCUAAUUAGCCGCAGCAGUGGACUGUUUCCAAAUUAUGCCCACUUACCCAGCCCCACACAUAAAGGUGGGGUAAAGGUAAAGGUGUGGCCUUCACUUUGAAGUAACAUUUCGCAACAGUUCUAUUGAGCCUACAUACUGAAAUACAUAUGAAAAACCAAAACAGCUUUGAGAAUUGCAAUAAGUAUAAGAAUCUUCUCUGAAGGUGGUAUGUGAAGAUGUGAGCUAAGUUCAUGUGCAAUUUUUGGUGUUCAGCUGUUCUAGAAUCCCUAUAAAAUCAAGCUCCCUUGUGGUAAGGAAUAACUUAACGAUCUUUGUGGUAUCCACUGGACAGGUUUCCUGUGUCUGUAUCCAAAAUUAGGUUAUAUUGAUAAAUGAAUAGGUGUUUAAAUGUAUUAAGAGACACCUGCUGCUUUGAUUCAAUGUAAGCUUUGAAAUUUAAAACCUCAGUUUUGCAAACAAUUGUUCAUGAAGUUUUAUUUAAAUAAAUUUCCAUGAAACUUUUUGUUAAUGUACAGACAUGAUCAUGACUUAAAACUCUCAAUAAAUGCCAAACAAGUAUGUGUCAUAAUGUGAAAUGUAACUAACCCCCUCCAUUACUGUAUUGAUUACAAGUUCUGCUAAUGUAUUGUUCAGGAGUCAAAAGUCACAGACCUAUGUUCUGAAAAUAGUCGGCAACUAGUAAGCUGAUCAAUCUACCAUUUUUACUGCUUUCUUUGCAUGUGAUCCUUUAUAUUAAGGCUGAGUGUAACUAAGUUUUGUAUUCAAUAAAUGUCUUUAAGAAAAAUGUAUAUUUUGAAAUUUUAAUACAUGUACAGUAAAAAAAAUGAUAAACAAAGGUGCCUGUUGUGUAUCACCUUGCUUUAUAACAUACAAGAGUAUUCCAAACCCAAAUGUUGAGAUGUAAUCUGUGCUAGAGGUGUGAACACAUCAAACCCUUACUUAAACUUGAGCACAUGUAUGUCUGGAUUAUUAUACAGGCAGUGACCAUUUUAUGUGUGUCCGAUUGACGCACAAUCACACACAUGCUCAUGGCUGCCAACUCCCAGAAGUGGCAGAUGAGCUGUGGCAAUGGAUGUUAUGGCAUGGUAUUUAAGGCCCAGUGGGCCUGAAGUGAUGACCUGCUAGGCUGGGAACAAGUGUGGAAGUCAAUUUCAGAAUUAUUGCCACCUUCUUCCAUCAGAUUGGAAGAAGGUGAACUUUGCUGAGGAAUAUUGCUGCCAUCUGACAUGGAAUCUUCGCCUGUUCCAGGAAAUGUGGUUGGGCCUAAAGUCUGUUCCCUCUAGCAGAAUACCUAUUGCUUUGUCAUCCUACUUAAUAACUGAAGUAUUUGUUUUGAGAUUGACAUCCUCUGCAUUUUCCAGGAGGGGAUGAGUUAUAAAUCCAUGUAAAAUGCAUUUUAAGUACAUGGGUACAAUUUGCCUUUACUAUUCGAGUAGAAAUUAGCCACACAACUGACUUAGCAUUUUCCAGUUUAUUACAUUACCAAUAAGUCACUUUGAACAUCAUGCUCCACAGCAAGGAGAUCCCCCCCCCCAAUGUACAAGGCAUAAGUUGUAUAUACACAAUAGAAAAUGACCAUGCUUAAAAAAUAAGCUUCACAUGAUUAUUUUUAAAUUCUUUGGGAUCAAUUGUUCAAAGAACCCACCAACUCUGACAUUUUUAAAUAAAUGUAAAAAAAGUAGUUUCCAUAUCUUAACUAAGCUUUUUCUUCUUAUGGACAACAGGUCCUGCUGUUUAAACACUUCUGUAAUGUAAUAAUUUACAGGUAUUUAUACAGUAAAUGGUUUCUCAUUUACAGUAUGACUUUUCAUAUUGUCUUAAUGCUGAUUACUACAAAAUGCUUACAGUCAUGACUAAUAUCUCUGCUCAAACUCACGCCUUCCACUAUUCCCAAGCACAAGUUUCCAUUUUUAAAUAAAAAUUGCACUUCAGACAAUAGCUAGAUGCACCAACAAAAUUAGUUUUAGAUAUGGGCCAAUUAGCUUAUUUUAGCUAGGUGUUCACAUGUUUUCAGUGUUUGAAAAGAAGAGUAAAUGAUGGGGGGAAAUCAGCAUUCCAUUUUCAUACUUUACAUUUCUUACAUAAGCUCUCAGAGUUAUACUUCCUAUUAAGCAACUUAGUGAAAUAAUAGCAGUUCAACUAUAAAGAAAAGCUUGAUGAUUUCCUAACAGCAUAACUUUUCAAUCUUUCUCAAUAUGAUGUUAUAAAGUAAGAUAUUCAGGGCCAUAUAUUAUCAUUAUAGCGAAACACACAGGAGUAGUAAUCACACAUUUUCUGAGGCUUUCUUUAGAAAGUAAAACUGCCCAUGCUUCCAUAUUGAAAUUCCCACUAUUAUUUUUUUCAUAAUGAAAAGCAAAAGUUAGCUGAUGAAUGAACUAUGUGCAUACAUUAAUAUCUUCAACUACUUAAGUGAAUUAUUUAGUUAAAUCAUCUUUUUCUUCUAGGUAAUUUUUCACAACUAUGGGUACAACCCAGCCUCAUUAAGUAUUUUCAAGUCUCACUGAUUUCAGAGUCUACUUAAAUCUCUCCCAUUAAAAUGAGGCUACAAAAUUUUAACCCUUCAUAAAAAGUAAUCAUUUGACCUCAUUAUUAAGCAAGGAAGUUGCAUGGCUCGCUCAACUACCUGACCUUCAACAUGCUUUCACAAUUAUAUAAAUGACUGCACCUACACAGCAGCUAUGAUUUAGAAAUUUCACUGCACACAAAAAGGAAAUGGCCACAAAACUAACAUUUUUUUCUGGUCCAUCUACAUGAUCAGCAAAUACUAAGCCCUCAUCCUAGUAUACACAUUAAGAGAUGCUUUUGUGACAUUUCCUCUGGGUAAGUAAUGGUUAGGGUUGGUUUUAUGUAUCUUCUUUCAUUAAAAAAAACAUCACCAGCAAGCUCAACGAUUGUCUGUGAACACUUCCAACAGUUUAGUUUAAAAAGAAUAUAUUUUUCAAAACAUGAUUGGAGUCACCUGCCAUUUUGUUGACCCACUAUCUGAAAACAUGGGUUAUUUAACAGUCCUUGCAGCAUAUGUUUACCCUUUGACACAGGUCACACUUUGACAAUAUAAAUCAUCUACCUCAAAUGGGUCAUGAAAAUGAAGUUCAAAGGUUAAUGAGCUUGAAUAUCUGCUGGUAGUGUUUUUAAAUAACAGUUCCUUUAGCAUGCUGUGCUGAUAAAAUAUCAACAUCAUGACAAAGAUGAAAAAAGUGGAACAAAAAAGGACUGUCUCUUUAGGUACCACAGAAUUAAGCACCACUUGAGCAAUAUUAGUAACCCUGAAACUUGAAUUUUGAAUUUGAGGAAGUUGUUAAAAGACAAUCUGUAAACAGUAGUAUAGUAUUCAAGAUGCUGCUAUUUUGCUUGCUUCUCGAACACCACUCAAGUAAGCUCCAGUAACUGUCUGCGGGAAAUGUCUGUUUGUGG